AAAAAAAAAAAAAAAAAAAAAGUAGGAAGAGUAAGGGCCAUUAUUCGAUCCUUCCUCUCCGCACAAUAAAUCCUCUCGUUCUUCGUUGGAUCAUAGAGACGGAAUCACAGAGUAAUCAGAGAAUUCAGGCCAUCUCAACACGUAACACUGCUAAUUUUUAGAGACAGUGCUUCAAGAAUAUGGCUACGCUUCAGACGUGGAGGAAAGCCUAUGGCGCUCUCAAGGAUUCUACCAAAGUCGGCCUUGCCCAUGUCAACAGCGAGUACGCGGAUUUGGAUGUGGCAAUAGUCAAAUCUACUAACCACGUCGAGUGCCCGCCGAAAGAGAGACAUCUCAGGAAAAUCUUGAUUGCUACAUCUGCAAUUAGACCUCGCGCUGAUGUUGCUUAUUGCAUUCAUGCCCUCGCUCGACGCUUGUCCAAGACGCGCAAUUGGACGGUAGCUUUGAAAACAUUAAUCGUCAUACAUAGGACCUUGAGGGAGGGCGAUCCAACAUUUAGGGAAGAGCUUUUGAAUUUUACACAAAGAGCCCGAAUUAUUCAACUGUCUAAUUUUAAGGAUGAUUCAAGUCCUAUCGCUUGGGAUUGCUCUGCAUGGGUACGCACAUAUGCAUUGUUUUUAGAGGAGCGACUCGAAUGUUUCAGGAUACUAAAGUAUGACAUUGAAUCCGAACGCCUGCCAAGACCUGCCCAAGGUCAGGAGAAGGGCUACAGCAGAACCAGGGAACUGGACAGUGAAGAACUGUUGGAACAUUUGCCUGCCUUGCAACAGCUGUUGUAUCGUCUUAUUGGCUGCAGGCCUGAAGGAGCAGCUAUUGGGAAUUAUGUUAUACAGUAUGCCCUGGCACUGGUAUUGAAAGAGAGCUUUAAAAUCUAUUGUGCUAUUAAUGAUGGAAUUAUAAAUCUCGUUGACAAGUUUUUUGAGAUGCCAAGACAUGAGGCUAUCAAAGCCCUUGAUAUCUACAAAAGAGCUGGCCAACAGGCCGGAAGCCUAUCAGAUUUCUAUGAUAUUUGCAAAGGGUUGGAACUUGCUAGGAAUUUCCAGUUUCCUGUUUUAAGAGAACCUCCGCAGUCAUUUCUUAAUACGAUGGAAGAGUACAUUCGGGAGGCACCACGAAUGGUUACGGUACCAAAUGAACCACUGUUGCAACUUACUUACAAGCCGGAAGAUUCUCCUUCUGAAGAUCCGAACUUACCCACUGAUGAAACGGAGGCAUCUCCUUCACAUGAUCUUUCUAUUACUCCUGUUGAUUCGGCUCCAUUGCCACCUCCAGUACCAGCUCCGGCUCCUGAAAGGCAUUUAGAUACUGGAGAUCUAUUGGGAUUGAGUCUUGAUACCACCGAAGUAUCUGCGAUUGAGGACAGAAAUGCUUUGGCUUUAGCCAUAGUUCCUUCUGGUGAUGCAGCAGCACCCACAUUUCAUUCCAAUGGUGCACAGCCAAAGGAUUUCGAUCCUACUGGAUGGGAGCUUGCCUUGGUCACCACUCCAAGUACUAACCUUUCAUCAACUAAUGAGAGACAACUGGCUGGUGGGCUGGACACACUCACUCUCGACAGUCUAUACGAUGAGGGUGCAUAUAGAGCUUCUCUACAGCCCGUGUAUGGUAAGCCCGCACCAAAUCCAUUUGAGGUGCAAGAUCCAUUUGCAUACUCAAAUGCCAUCGCUCCAGCUCCAUCAGUUCAAAUGGCGCCAAUACCUCAGCAGCAGGCUAAUCCCUUUGGUCCAUACCAACCUACCUUUUCACAGCAACAAUCAUUUACGAUGGAUCCUACAAAUCCUUUUGGUGAUGCAGGUUUUGGAGCAUUCUCUGCUCCUAACCACCAUACUGUUCCUCCAAAUGCUAACAAUCCAUUUGGAAGCACAGGCCUUCUGUAGAGAGCUCGUGGGGCUGUUUCCAACGUGUAAUUUAGUCUACAGGUUUGGUUUUCCACCAUAUUUGGCGAGAUGUAAAGGGUCGAUUUUCUUGAAGCUGCAAUGAACGGUUGUUUCUGGGGCGUGCGACAUUUGUUUGGGUUGAAACUUCCAGUGAGUGUAUAGUGAAGGGUGUAAUACGUAGCAAAUGAAAUUCAUGACAAUUUCGAGUUAGCUGGAACUCUGUCGUUCUAUUGUUUUGCUGAUUUUGAGUGCAUUGCGCAUAGAAUCCUACUAAAAAUUUUAUGCAUACCUGUAUAAUUCAUCAAGUCAUCAUAUUUCAGAUCCUUUCAUUGUU